CCUCACUAUGCUACAGGUAAACCAAGUAUGUGUCUGGAUACAUCAUGAGAUAUCAUGGCGCAAACACAAUAGCUCACAGGAGAUAUAUAGACAGUCAAGGAGUUCGCAAACAGUACCCGGCCUAUUACGGCAACUACCAGAACAUCCCGGUGCCAGCUGACUGCAACGUACCCGAUCUCAUAGAAUGGAAUGAGUUCCCCAUCUUGCGUGGUAAAGUUCCAUUCGGGGAUGACUCCAACGCAGGACCAGAUCGAGUCGUCUUCGCUCGUAGGAACAACAAUCAGUUCACGUACUGCUUCACUGUGUACCACCAAGACAAUGCAGACGGCCAAGGUGCUGGAGAUUUCGCCCAGUGCACCUAGUUCUGAGUAGACUGCCUGAUCCGAGGGGUUCAAACGUUUUCAUUCGGGUCAGUCGAGCAAGACGUAGGAAUAUCUUUAGAUACACUGAAUACUAUCGGACAUGUAACAUAUUUCGAUGCGCCUGAUCAGUAGUUGGGUGGAUGACUACUAUCGAACCCCUACAAUUAUAUGUUUUUGCCAUUCUUCUUGUCAC